AUGCUGGCUCGGACCAUCAUCUGGCAUGCCGGACGUCGGGCGCUAUUUCACUUGCAUCGAAGAGCGUACGCCUCGAGCACACUGACUCCGAAGCAGACCAAAAUAGUCCAAUCAACCAUCCCCGCACUAGAAAAGCACGGCGUCGAAAUUACGACGCUCUUCUAUCGUCAAUUGCUCGACAAACACCCUGAGCUCAGGAACAUGUUUAACACGGCCCAUCAAGAUACAGGCGAGCAGCCAGCCACCCUCGCGCACGCCGUGUGGGCAUAUGCCGUCAAUAUCGAGAACCCCGACGCCAUGAAGACAGCCAUUUCCCGCAUUGGACAUAAACAUGCGAGCUUGGGGGUCACUGCGGACCAAUAUCCCAUAGUCGGCCAAGGGUUACUCUCGGCGAUCAAGCAAGUCCUCGGGGACGGAGUCAAUUCACAGUAUUUCAUCACUUUUGAGGAAGGACUGUAUCAUGAGGCCAUGGCGUCACCCGGCGGUUGGAAAGGGUGCCGCAAAUUUCUCAUCUCUGAUAAAGUGCAAGAGAGCAAAGAGAUCAUCUCCUUCCAUCUCACGCCAGCCGACAAGGGUGCUUUACCUUCCUACAAGCCGGGCCAGUUUGUCAGCAUCCGAUGCUUUGUGCCUGAGCUUGGGACAUAUCAACCCCGCCAAUAUAGUCUGUCUGACGUGCCAAAUGGAAAGUUUUUCCAAAUCUCUGUUAAAAGAGAAUUUGCAUCGGACAGAAAGCCGGCUGGCCGAGUAUCUAAUGUCCUUCACGAGUCGCUGCCGGAGGGGUCGGAAAUGGAUAUCAGUAUGCCCUUUGGUGAUUUCAUCUUGGACGUCAAUGCUACAACGCCGGUGGUACUUAUCAGCGGAGGAGUUGGACUGACACCUAUGAUGGCAAUGCUGAAGAAGAUAACUGAGGAGGGCAAGUCAAGAACAGUAGUAUUCAUCCAUGCUGCACGCAACUCACGUGUCCAUGCAAUGAAAAAUACCCUCAUCGAUAUUGCCAGGGACAACCCCGAAGUCACCCGACUUGUUUAUUAUGAGCAAGUUGAAGAAGGCGAUAUACUGGGGCUUGAUUACGAUCACGAGGGGCGCGUGAACCUCGCGGAGGUUAAGGAUAAGGUGGUUCUGCCAGGAGCGGAUUACUAUAUCUGUGGGCUACCGCCGUUUAUGAAUACUCAGAGCAAGGCACUUCGGGAUCUAGGUGUUGGCGAGAAACGAAUUCGCAUGGAGGUAUUCGGGUCGCCAUCUUCCUGA